UGGCCGACUCGUCGGCGGCGGCCUGGGCGGACAGUGUGCCGUGCGCAGGCGCGGACCAUAAACCUCGCUGCAGCCCCCAUCGCCUUGGGGAGUCGCACCCACGGAGUCCGCCCGCUGGCCAGUCAGUGCUUUCCCCCACACCCACCUUCCCCAGCCCCCCCAGCCCCCGAAGCGCCCCGAUGGCGGAGCUGCGGCCUAGCGGCGCCCCCGGCCCCACUGCACCCCCUGCUCCUGGCCCUACUGCUCCCCCUGCGUUCGCCUCGCUCUUUCCCCCCGGACUGCACGCCAUCUACGGAGAGUGCCGCCGCCUUUACCCUGACCAGCCGAAUCCGCUCCAAGUUACAGCUAUCGUCAAGUACUGGUUGGGUGGUCCAGACCCCUUGGACUAUGUUAGCAUGUAUAGGAACAUGGGGAGCCCCUCUGCCAACAUUCCUGAGCACUGGCACUACAUCAGCUUCGGCCUGAGCGAUCUCUAUGGGGACAGCAGAGUGCACGAGUUUACAGGAACAGACGGGCCUAGUGGUUUUGGCUUUGAGUUAACAUUUCGUUUGAAGAGAGAAACAGGAGAAUCUGCCCCACCAACGUGGCCAGCAGAGCUAAUGCAAGGCUUGGCCAGAUAUGUGUUCCAGUCAGAGAAUACCUUCUGCAGUGGGGACCAUGUGUCUUGGCACAGCCCUCUGGAUAACAGCGAGUCGAGAAUUCAGCACAUGCUGCUGACAGAGGACCCACAGAUGCAGCCCGUCCAGACACCCUUUGGGGUUGUUACCUUCCUCCAGAUUGUUGGCGUCUGCACCGAGGAGCUGCAUGCAGCCCAGCAGUGGAACGGGCAGGGCAUUCUGGAACUGCUGCGGACGGUGCCUAUCGCUGGAGGCCCCUGGCUGAUAACUGACAUGCGGAGGGGAGAGACCAUAUUUGAGAUCGAUCCACACCUGCAAGAGAGAGUUGACAAAGGCAUUGAGACUGACGGCUCUAAUCUGAGUGGCGUCAGUGCCAAGUGUGCCUGGGAUGACCUGAGCCGGCCUCCCGAGGAUGAUGAGGACAGCCGAAGCAUCUGUAUCGGCACGCAGCCCCGGCGACUCUCAGGCAAAGACACGGAGCAGAUCCGGGAGACCCUGAGAAGAGGACUAGAGAUCAACAGCAAACCCAUUCUCCCACCAAUCAACCCUCAGCGACAGAAUGGCCUCACCCACGACCGAGCCCCGAGCCGCAAAGACAGCCUAGAAAGCGACAGCUCCACAGCCAUUGUUCCCCAUGAGCUGAUCCGCACGCGGCAGCUGGAGAGCGUGCAUCUGAAGUUCAACCAGGAGUCAGGAGCCCUCAUUCCUCUCUGUCUAAGGGGCAGACUUCUGCAUGGAAGACACUUUACAUAUAAAAGUAUCACAGGUGACAUGGCCAUCACAUUUGUCUCCACGGGAGUAGAAGGUGCCUUUGCCACUGAGGAGCAUCCUUACGCAGCUCAUGGACCCUGGUUACAAAUUCUGUUGACUGAAGAGUUUGUAGAGAAAAUGUUGGAGGACUUAGAAGAUUUGACUUCUCCAGAGGAAUUCAAACUUCCCAAAGAGUACAGCUGGCCUGAGAAGAAGCUGAAAGUCUCCAUCCUGCCUGACAUGGUGUUCGACAGUCCUCUGCACUAG